GCGAACAGCAGAUCUCUCGCCAAAGACUUUCAUCUCCAUUUUCAAGUCCAUCAUAACUUCUUUUGCAAUAAAACAGGGUCUUCGACUAAAAUCAAGUGGAACUUCUACGACGCUUCUAGAGGCCUUCUUUCAUUAACCAUACAUCAUCGAUUUGUCUUUAGCCUCGGAGCACGUCGCGCGUCUUUUCAUGUGCUUGUCCCAACAAAACUACCCUGGUCCAACAACACAACAAUAAACGACCGGAGAAGUGGAACUUGGUUCAUAUAUAAGUCGAGAACUAAGGCGCAAGGACAAAAGCUCUUGUCGGUUAACGAUUCUAUGCAAAGUUCCUGAUUCUAGUUGCAUUUGUUCCGAGUCUGGAUAGCCUCAUUUCAUCAUGGCCGAUACUCAGCCCUACGGCGUUCGCAAUCGCCGGCCUUCAGUCACAGACAACCUUAUCAAUGCCGCUAAGAACUUCGAAUCAAAGGUUGAGCAAUCUCUACUCAUUCUGUGGGAUGAUCUCCCAGCCUGGCGUCGCGACAAUGCCUUCAUCCUCUCGGGCUACCGCCAAUCUCAUGGCUCUUAUGCCCAUUCAUUCCGCUCCCUCUUUUACCUCCACAAUGAGUCCGUUAAUAUCUGGUCUCACCUCCUCGGUGCCAUAGUCUUUCUCGCUAGUGCAGCCUACGUUGAUCGAGUUGUCCGGCCACGGUACGAAAGCGCAAGCAGUGCUGAUGUACUCGUCUUUGCAUGCUUCUUUGGAGGCGCUGUUGUAUGUCUGGGGAUGAGUGCUACGUACCACACUUUGUCGAAUCACAGCGAUACUGUUUCAAAGUGGGGGAACAAGUUGGAUUACACAGGCAUCGUGGCUUUGAUCGUUGGCAGCUAUGUUCCUGCUCUGUAUUACGGCUUUUUCUGUUUGCCUAAUUUGAUGGUUUUCUAUUUAUGGGUUAUAUGUAUACUUGGUCUUGGAUGCACAAUCGUUUCAUGGGUUGAGCGCUUCCGGACCCCAGCAUGGCGUCCGUAUCGUGCAAUGAUGUUCAUCGGCCUUGGUCUCUCUGGCGUUGUUCCUGUCAUCCAUGGCCUAUUCAUCUAUGGUUACCAGGGUCUUGAAGAUCGCAUGAGUCUCAGCUGGGUUCUCCUCCACGGGGUCAUGUACAUCUUUGGCGCUGUACUCUAUGCGGUAUGUCCUCCCUGACUCUUCUCGCAAAGUAUCUAAAUCUGACUUAAUAGGCUCGUUGGCCCGAGAGAAGUGCACCUGGCGCCUUCGAUAUUUGGGGGAGCUCGCAUCAGAUCUUCCACAUUUUCGUCAUCCUUGCAGCCGUUACACACUUUUACGGUAUGGCCAAGGCUUUCGACUACCACCACACCAUUAUGGGCUCUCAGUGUCUCAUGGACUAAUUGGCUUGCUCUUCUGUUAUUGUCAAACCAAGAUCUGUGAUCCUCACCAGACCUGAGCCCAUCGCCACUGCAGCCCAACAUCCAUACUCUUCGUUAGGAUUCCAUUCGGCCACGGUGAUCCUCGUCAAUGGCUCGUAAAUGAUGGCUCGGGUCGGAUCCAUGAUAGCACCCCCUUCUUCUUCAUCGUCGCCGACAGCUGUGUCGGUAUCCUUCUUCUUUGGCUUCUUCCCUUUCUUGACCGGCGGUUUAUGGGCUGAAUGUUUAGUUAGGCUGCGCUCCAAUAUGAAGCCUGUCGCUAUUCUUGAGACUCCUCGUGCCGCCGCGGGUGACUCAACUGGAAAAAGCUUUGCGGGGCGAUGUUCGUGAUGGAAGACUCGGAUACGGUCCGUGGGUUCACGCCUUGUGGUGAAGAGUUCAACCUGGGGAUUGAUAGCCCACAGCGAGCCGUCUAGAGAACCGACGAGGAGGUAUGGAUGUGUUCGUCCGACUGCGAGACAGGAAGGGAAACUUUCCCCUGUAAAGACGCGACGCGCAACAGGGAAUUGCGAAUGGUGCAUGAAGCCGAUGUGGGUAUUCAGUACACCGGCGGAUGGGUACAUGGAGUAGAAGCCAAGCAGGUGGUCGCUGUAUCCAAGCAGAUUUGGUUGUGUUCCAACUGUAAGGUUCUGGACUUCGGUUGACUCGUAGCUUGGCGCACGAAGGUCAAGCAGCUUGACAGUUCCGCCGACAGGGGUUGAGGCAACGAGAUAUGGCAUUGCUGGAUAGCCAGAGACGAGGUCGACUACGAUAUUGUGGUGGACAGGAUGUCGCGAUAGGAGGCGAUGAGGACGUAGGGACCAAAUAGCAAUAGAACCGUCCGUAUAACCCAGCACCAGCCGGUUGAAGUUGAUCCAUGUAAGAGCUGUCGCUUUGACGUCUUCGUCUGGGAAGCCGAACACAGCUAUUGGCUGCAUAACCUUUUCUGAACACUGUUAGUAAUUGGACUGAUGUUAGUGAGAUACUGAACUUGCCAUAACUUCCCCCUCCACCAUCACCAGCCUCCACCACGUACACGUUUCCGUCAUCGCAAAGAAUGGCCAAGAAGCCGCAUGCAGGACUCCAUUUCACUCUUCGAGCCCGCCCAAAUUCGAGACAUAUCGUCUUGCGCAGUAUUGGAGGUUGCAUUGAAGGUCGAGCAAAGCCAUUCUCUUGCCGCUCGCCGACGAACUCCCAAAGCUGCACAGUACCGUACUUUUGAAAUUCUGGAUUCAAAUAUUCCUGCUCGUAGUCGUAGAGCUCCUGAUCGGAAUGUGGAAUGACGCAUAGGGCAAGAAGUUGCGGCGAGUUGGCGUUGUUCAGAGGUGCCCAGUCCAUGCCGGUGACAAUACCGCCGGCAUCUAAAAUCCACCCAAAGGGCGCGUCGUCAUUUUGCAUUGGGAGGCCAUUCUGAGAUAUAGAGUAUGCGUCACCAGGUUCGAAUUUGACCUCUUGUUGCGAUGUGGGCGGCCCUAAUAAUACUGGCAUUGGCUCUCUCUUAAACUGGUACCGUGGAACUUCCUCGGUCGACAGUGGUACCAUCGCAUUUGCUUCUGGCAAACUCUCCCUGACGCGCUCAUACCAAUGCUCAGCGCUGUAAGCUUCCCUUUCGAAGAACUUAGGCGACCAAACACCUCGGUCUUUCUGUUCCUCAUCGUCCAGAAUUUUCGGAGGAAGCACUGUCCAGUCCAUCCAACGAUCCAACAUACCCGUGACCAGCUUGACACCAUCCUCAUGACGUCCGUACCACGCCUCAACGAGCUGCUUGCUUUUAAAACCGCGGUCGUAGGGCCCCCAAUACGAUCUCACAAUGCGUCCAUCCGCCACAGGCUCAAGAUCGAGGUAUCCCGUGAAGCCCGCUGCGCGAACGUUGAAGGGCCUAAUAGGCUUGACACGUUGACGCGCAAAUCUGUCCAGAAUACCAUCUGGUUCGCUCACAGGACCGUCGGAUUCUGCAUCUUCAUUUUCGUCGUGCUCUUGGCCAAGGGCGAGCUCUUCGGCACUUUCUUCUGCAGCGGCAGUCUCAUCAAAGUUUUCAUCCCGUUCUGCGUGUUUGGAAGCGCGAUCGAGAGCUUCUUCGUCGGAACUACCUUCGAAGUCGUACUUCUCUACCGUGUAUCGCUUCGUGCGAUUAGAUCUCCGGGUUCUCAUGAUGAGUUGUGAGUGAUAAGGAUGGAAGCAAGCUGAG